UUUUGCGACCAACUCCAAGAAUGGAAAUGGCUACUUUCACAUUAUCAUCUAGGACUAUAAAUUCCUUGACACAAAAAAACCUGCCAUUGUUAACAAAAAAUACAAAACCCCAUUUCCCCUUUUCACUUUGUCUCACUCUAAGAGCAUCUAAAUCAACCUUAAGAGCUGUUUCAAUGUCGUAUGAUAAAGAACUUGAUGCUGCCAAGAAUGCUGCUUCUCUUGCUGCUCGCCUUUGUCAAAAAGUCCAAAAAGCACUGUUGCAAGCAGAUGUUCAAUCAAAGUCUGACAAAUCUCCUGUGACGGUGGCUGAUUAUGGCUCACAAGCCGUGGUUAGCGUUGUUUUGCAGAAAGAGUUGGGUUCUGCUUCAUUUUCAUUAGUGGCUGAGGAGGACUCUGGAGAUCUUCGUAAUGAAGAGGGAAAAGCAACAUUACAGCGUAUCAUGAAGCUUGUCAAUGAAACACUUGCUAGUGAUGGAACAUAUGGUACCGCCCCAUUAUCUGAAGAAGAUGUCCUUGCUGCCAUUGAUAGUGGUAGAUCUGAAGGGGGUCCAUCUGGUCAGCACUGGGUGUUGGAUCCUAUUGAUGGUACUAAAGGGUUUCUGAGGGGAGACCAAUAUGCAAUUGCAUUGGGAUUGCUAGAUGAAGGGAAGGUGGUUUUGGGCGUUUUAGCCUGUCCAAAUCUUCCAUUAUCUUCUCUUGCCUCCCACAAUCUACAGGAUGAUCAAGACAAAGUUGGUUGCCUUUUUUAUGCCCAAGUUGGUUCUGGAACUUAUAUGCAGUCUCUUGAUGGCUCUACACCAAUAAAGGUGCAUGUAACUGAUUUAGACAACCCUGAAGAGGCAUCUUUUUUUGAAUCUUUUGAAGCAGCACAUUCUUUGCAUGACCUAUCUAGUUUGAUAGCAAAGAAACUUGGUGUAAAAGCCCCCCCAGUUCGAAUAGACAGCCAGGCAAAGUAUGGUGCUUUGUCCCGUGGAGAUGGAGCAAUAUAUCUGCGGUUUCCUCAUAAAGGCUACCGCGAGAAGAUAUGGGAUCAUGCGGCGGGAUAUCUUGUUGUUGCAGAAGCUGGAGGUGUUGUCUCAGAUGCUGCAGGAAACCCUUUGGACUUCUCCAAGGGAAGAUACCUUGAUUUACACGAAGGCAUAAUCGUUACCAAUCAAAAGCUGAUGCCUGCUCUCCUCAAGGCUGUUAAAGAAUCUUUGAAUGAGAAAGCUUCAUCCUUGUGAUGAUCAAACCAAUAACAAUAAACUGCAGCUAUCUUAUUGUAGUUCCCAGAAUGGUACUUGCAGCUCCUCAUUUUCACCUGUUCUUCUCCUUCUACACAUUUCUGAUAUUACUUUAGCUCUACUUUAGCUCUUUGAUUGUCAUCUCAACUCAGCUUUGAUAAACAUUUUGUAGUUCUCUGGUUAUGUCAACUCAACUUUUAUCAAGCAUUAUGUAGUUCUCUUGUUAUGUUUUUU